AUGAGACGAGAAGGCCGAGGGUCAAUAGAUCAAGUUGUGAGAGUGGAUCAAAAAAUUUCCCUUGUGAAAUGGUUCGACAAUAAAAGUGUUUUGCUGAUGUCCAGUGAGCAUGGGAAAACUCCCAUCACAAAAUGCAAAAGAUGGUUGAAAACGGACAAGUCAUACCUAGAAGUUGAUUGCCCUCACAUUGUAAAAAAUUACAACGAUUAUAUGGGGGGCGUCGAUCAUCUGGACCGUACCAUUAGUUUCUACAGAAUGAAGCACCGAACCAAGAAAUGGACAGUACGAGUCGACGAUAUGAUCGACUUUACCAUGUCGAGUGUAUGGCUCGCGUACAGAAAUACUAUGACAGAAUUAGGCGAACCUAAGAAGAACAUUCUGGACUAUUUUGCGUUUAGACUCAGUAUUGCAAAUACACUCAUCCACGGCUUACUGAAGAAGCCGUCUCCCACUCCUUCGCUAGCCGAAGAUGAAAAUGAUGAACCUCCUCCAAAACGCAGAGUUACAACUUGCAUUCCACAUCAAGCAGCUCGUAACAAUGAAGCUAGGCACAUGCCUGAAAUGGUUGGGGAUAGAACUCAUCGAAGUAGGUGCAGGAAUGAGAACUGCUCGGCCUUAACAAAUGUACAAUGUGCAGACUGCAAGGUUUUUCUAUGCUUUACAACUAGUAGAAAUUGUUUCAAGGCAUUUCACGAAUAUAAAUAA